UGCCAGUGGGCUGGGCAUGACCUGCUCGUGCACAGACGACACCUGAGCCCGCGCCGUGCCGCGCUCGCCAGAAACACGGGCCCGCGCCGUGCCGAACCUAACCGUGUUGUGUCGUGUCUUCCGUGUCGUGCCCAGCCGUCUCGUGCCGUGCCGAAUCGUGUAGAAAGGGACAGGUGGCUGCAGCGGGAACGUCAGCCGGGAGGCUGGACGGGCCGCGAUGCCCGCCGGGCGGCUGGUGCUGGUGCUGGCGCUGCUGACGGCGCUGGGAGUGCUGCGCUCGGCAGACGCGCUCGGCGUGGUGCUGGACCCGGGCCGGCCCACGGAGCUACACCGCGGCCCCAGCGCGCCCGGCGGGAAGAGCGCCUGGAUCAUCCGAGCGGCGGCCGGCGACGGGGAGCGGCCAAAGCGCCGUCCACCAACCGUGUACACCGCGGACGGCCACCACGGCCCCCAGCUGCCGCUGGUAUCGUUCGGAGCCGGCACACACCAGCCGGUGAGCGCCGGGUCCUACCGGCCGCCCGGGCAGCGCCCCUCCCGUCCGGCCGGGUCCUCACCAGCCACCACCACCUGGCUGAACACCGCUGACCGAUACACGUCCGUCGACAACCAGCGGAUCCCCAGCUACGACCUGGGCUGCGCCGGCCGCCAGUGCACCUACAUCAUCUCGGCGCCGGAGGGCGAGCGCCCGCCGCCGGCAGCGCCCUUCAACCGAGAGCGCGUGCACAGCUACCUCUCCAACUACGAGACCAUCCUCGAGCAGGCGCGCAACGUGACCAGCAAGUACGUGGUGCAGAAGCUGGAGCCGGACACGCGCUUCCCGACUCCGAUGGAGGCGUACCAGCGGGACCGGCAGCAGUCCCUGGAGGAGCCGCCGGCCACGGCACACCACGGCCGGCCGACCGGGGCGUCAUCUGCAUGGCCGGCGCCCGCCGCGCCACCCAGACCACCGUACCCGACCCGACACCAGGGCUACGUGACGAUGCGCCCCACCUACGUCCGCACGUCGCUCUCUUUGAGCGCGUCAGGCGGCGCAGAACGAAGGCCCGUCGAUUCAGCUUUCGCUGCUAGUUCUAGCGUCGGCCGACCGGCGCCCGAGCCACCCCGUCACCGGCCACCCAUUCAUCCCUUCGACGAGACGGCCCCAUCGUAUGAGCGACAGAAGCCCGAGCGGGGCGGAAUGGAGACUAUUUACGCCAGCACCGGCCGAGAGCCCGGGCGACGACCGGAUCCGGAUCCCGGGAGACCACAGGAUCCAGAUCCGGGUCCUGGCGCCGGGCGGGAUCCGAACCGGAAUCGGUAUCCGUACUAUGACCGUGACUCCGGCGCCGUUAGAGAUCCGUAUCUGAAUCGAAACCGAAGCCCAGACAGUGAUUCGAUAACUAAACGGCAUCAAAAUUCAGAUCGAGAUCCGCAUGAGCGACACGGAUCAUAUUCUGAACAAGAUUCGUACAAGGAUCGAGAUUCGUACAAAGAGCGGGAUCCGUAUGCGACACGAGAUCCAUACAGGGAACGGGAUUCUUCCCGAAAUCGGAAUCCCCACGAUAAAAGGAGGCCGUAUUCCGAAGAUCCAAAUACGGCAAGGGAUCCGUACGCUAAUUUUGAUCAUUACGAAGCACGGAACUCCUUUACAGACGGCAAUUCGGUGAGGGGACGGGAUCCCUAUCAAAAGAGGGACCCGUAUCCGGAGCGGAAUCCGUAUCCGGAGCGGGACCCGUACCCAGACCGGGACCCGUAUCCGCAGCGGGAUCGAUACCCAGGCCGGGACCCGACUCGACACGACCGUCCUUCAGACCGGUUUGAAGUGCGACGAGGCGUGGCACAGCGCUGGGACUCUGCUCGUCCCGACUCUGAGGGCUUCCACAGCUCCACCAGACUCAGUAAGGCCACCAACCCGCCAGUCAUCAUGUACCGGUCUAUGCGGCGGCCGCCGUCGGCACCGGCCGCCGCCGAGCGUCGGGCUCGACAGCUGAGUUCAGCCACCGACACGCCGGGGAAGAUGCUAGCUCGGAGGGUGGGCGGUCAGGCACCUACCACCGAGAGGCGGCACUCCCUGGAGACGGGUGACCACCGCCUGUUCUCCGGGAAAAUAUUUCAGGCGCACCUGAAGAGCGGUCCAAUCACCGUCCUCGGAGAUGAAGAGCUCGAGGAACCUUCACAAGAUCUCCAGGAACAAACGGAUGUCGAUGGCAGGCAGGCUGUCUCCCGGGGCCGAGACGGCACUGCCCUGAUCACCACCGACGAGGGACACAGGAAAGUGCCCAACGUCAUGAUGCCGCCUCUGGAGGGCCAACAGACGAGUCCUGGACACCAGCAGGCCGGGACCCAGCAGGUUAGCUCUUUUCAGCCCGAUUGGGGUUUCAAACACCCGCAGUACCGGGUAUCUAGUCAGCGUGCAGCGGGCUCCAAGCCUCCCCGUCCCCACGUCGCAGCGCCACCGUCCGAACAGCGGCCGGCAGGUUCCGUGUUUCACCACCUGACAGCGCCAAUGCAGCUGAAUGAGGGCGUAGAGGUCGCCUCGACACCGUCACCACCACCGCAAAUCCGCCCCUCGCCCAGUGCUGAGCAAGCUCUGAAGCGUCUACUGGCGUCACUUCUGCCAGGCUUGGUUCACGUUUAAAGUGUGAUUCUUUUCUGAGGCAUUGCUUAGUUUAUUGUUUCCCGUGUUGGGGAACAACUGCUUAGUUUGCUUAGGAACAUUGCUUAGUUUAUCGCUGCCAGUACUGUCUGACUGAAGUGUAGUAUUUGAUCGCAUAGUAAGUGCUGGAAAGUCAGUAAUUUAUUAUCCAUCCAUGCAUGUCUAUGCCCAUUGCCUACCUGCUUGUUAAAACGCAUCACAAAUAGGUA